AUGGCGGGGCUUUCGACUAGCCGCUGCGGGCCAUCCGCGGGUGGCGGUUCUACCAGCCACAUGAUGAUGCUGGAUGUGUACUGCGCGACUGAGGUGUAUUCAUUGAACACUAGGAAGGCGGCGAAUCUUUGCACCGCCUCCGGCCUCACGGGUAGCUUUUCACCCUUGGCCGCUAGCCAGUCGAGGAAGAAGGCGACUCGCGACUUUUUGUUUCUAGUCGUGGAGUCGGCUUCUCCCAUGGCGCGCAGCUCGUCGUCGUUUAGAUCGACAGCUUUGCGCAGUGCGUCCGCCCGCUUCGACAUUUAUUUAAUGUUACUUUUUUAUUUAUCUCUCGCUGUUGUUCCCUC